GAGCUUUCUUAGAAGGCUCUCCGUCACGCCCUAGGAGAAGUUACAAACUACAGUACUACGACUUCCAUCAUGUCUCGCGCCUUCCAUGUCGCCGCGUCUGUCCUGACUCUCUUCCGGCUGGUGACGUAGUUCCGCUCUGCUGGGCGCGUAGUGGACUGUCUGAAACCUAGAGCGCGCCUGUAGCUGGGGUUUCUCGGCUCCGGAGCUCGGCAUGGCUUCUUCACGAGCCUCCUCCACGGCAACCAAAACUAAAGCACCUGAUGACUUAGUUGCCCCUGUUGUGAAGAAACCACACAUCUAUUACGGAAGUUUGGAAGAGAAGGAAAGGGAACGUCUUGCCAAGGGAGAAUCUGGGAUUUUGGGAAAAGAAGGACUUAAAGCAGGCAUUGAAGCAGGAAAUAUUAAUAUAACUUCUGGAGAAGUAUUUGAAAUUGAAGAGCACAUCAGUGAGCGACAGGCAGAAGUAUUGGCUGAAUUUGAGAGAAGGAAGCGAGCUCGACAAAUCAACGUUUCCACAGAUGACUCAGAGGUCAAGGCUUGCCUCAGAGCCUUGGGGGAACCCAUCACACUUUUUGGAGAGGGCCCUGCUGAAAGAAGAGAAAGGUUAAGAAAUAUUCUCUCAGUGGUCGGUACUGAUGCCUUAAAAAAGACAAAAAAAGAUGAUGAGAAAUCUAAGAAGUCCAAAGAAGAGUAUCAGCAAACCUGGUACCAUGAAGGACCAAAUAGCCUGAAGGUGGCUAGACUGUGGAUCGCUAAUUAUUCACUGCCCAGGGCAAUGAAACGCUUGGAAGAGGCCCGUCUCCAUAAAGAGAUUCCCGAGACAACUAGAACAUCCCAGAUGCAAGAGCUGCACAAAUCCCUCCGGUCUUUGAAUAAUUUCUGCAGCCAAAUUGGGGAUGAUCGGCCUAUCUCCUACUGUCACUUUAGUCCCAAUUCCAAAAUGCUGGCCACAGCUUGUUGGAGUGGGCUUUGCAAGCUCUGGUCUGUUCCCGAUUGUAACCUCCUUCACACUCUUCGAGGCCAUAAUACAAAUGUAGGAGCAAUUGUAUUUCAUCCUAAGUCCACUGUCUCAUUGGACCAAAAAGAUGUCAACCUGGCUUCUUGUGCUGCUGAUGGUUCUGUGAAGCUUUGGAGCCUUGACAGUGAUGAACCAGUGGCAGAUAUUGAAGGCCAUACAGUACGGGUGGCCCGAGUCAUGUGGCAUCCAUCAGGACGUUUCCUGGGCACCACCUGUUAUGAUCGUUCGUGGCGCUUAUGGGAUUUGGAGGCUCAAGAGGAGAUCCUGCACCAAGAAGGCCACAGCAUGGGUGUAUAUGACAUAGCCUUCCAUCAAGAUGGCUCUUUGGCUGGGACUGGGGGACUGGAUGCUUUUGGUCGAGUUUGGGACCUGCGCACAGGACGUUGCAUCAUGUUCCUAGAAGGCCACCUCAAGGAAAUUUAUGGAAUAAGUUUCUCCCCCAAUGGCUACCACGUUGCAACUGGAAGUGGUGACAACACCUGCAAAGUAUGGGACCUUCGACAGCGGCGUUGCAUCUAUACCAUUCCUGCCCAUCAGAACUUAGUGACUGGGGUCAAGUUUGAGCCUAUACAGGGGAACUUCUUGCUCACAGGCGCCUAUGAUAACACAGCCAAAAUCUGGACCCACCCAGGCUGGUCCCCCCUGAAGACUCUGGCAGGCCAUGAAGGCAAAGUGAUGGGCCUGGACAUUUCUUCCGAUGGGCAGCUCAUAGCCACUUGCUCGUAUGAUAGGACCUUCAAGCUCUGGAUGGCUGAAUAGGCAAGGCCAUUGGAGGAGGACUCACAUCAAGCUGCUCCUUCAGAGCCAUUUCCCUCAAAAGAAAAGAAUUGAUGUAUUUUAUUUUUUUCUAUCAUGUUUCCUGUCAAUUACCAAGUAUAAAUACUCAGUAAAAUUGAUUUUCAUGUCAGCUCCCCAGCAGGCAGCCCAGUCCCUAUGUGGUGGCAAACCCCUUUCAUGGUUGGAGAUUCAAUUCUCAUCCUCAGGCCUUGCCACAAAUAUGUAGACAUUGUUUUCAUUAAUUUUCGUUUAAAUGUUCUACCAUUUUUCUCACAGCACUCAAUCUUGUGACUACUCUGCAUUUCUAGUUCUCAAAACUUACCUUUUCAUAACAUAGGAUAUGCUUCAUGACUCCAUGUGAUCCACCCAGCAGGAAGGUGGCUGGACUGUAUUCCAGAAGCCCUGGCACAUUGAGGUUGAACAAUGCCUGUCCUGACAUCCUGACAGCAGCCCUUUUCCUCUCGUUGAGAAUGAGAGGUGAAGCGGUAGACUGCAGCCAAGCGGGCGGAUCAGGCAGGGAAGAAGACUGGACAUUUCUGUGGAAUUCACUUGAAAUGCUGACUGCGUCAGGAAACUCAGAACCAGACAUUUGCUUGGUCAGAAAAUGUCUUCCCAUUUUGCUUUAAGUUUGGCAUCCUUCCUGUUACCUUAGAACACAGCCAUUGUGUCAAGAUUCAGAGAAAUUUUUGGAAUUGUACAGCUCUAUUGUACAGCUUCCUUUCUGUUGCUUAAGUGAUGUACCUCACGUAUUAAAGGGUAUUUCGUGUCCAAAUAACCGAAAAAAUCCCUAGUGGGCAUUCCUAAACAUGAACCUUUCUCUUUUUUACGUAUUUGCUAAGAGUAAAAUCUUACCAUUAAAAAAAAAAAAAAGAAAAAAAGAAAAAAGAAAACUUGCUUAAAAUAUUUUUUAGGGGGCUGGGGAUAUAGCUCAGUAUUAGAGUAUAUGAAGCCCUAGAAUUCAAUCCCCAACAUCUCAAAAAAAAAAAAAUCUGAAGUUAAAAAUUUCCUGACACCUAGCCAUUAAUCCAAGGAGGUCUUUUUUUUAAAUUUAAGAUGUGGAUUACUUCAAUUUCUGUCUCCUGGAUAAAGACUGUUCUUACCCUUUUUCAUAGAAAGUAAGGGCUACCAGCCUCAUAGCCAGACUAACAACUGUAUGUGGGCUCCGUAAUUCUUACCAGUUGUGUAGUGAUUCCUCCCCCACUUUCUACCCCAGAUACACAUCCUCUGGACUCUGAAAUGACACAGUAAAUUUACACAUGUAGAGGAAUUUGGAAGGAGAAAGUACAUGUAAAGAAUUAAGGGCUUUAUAAUAGCUUCCCUUGAAUGUUCAAACUUUUCAUUUGCUGUUCCAGAGAUGGAGGAUAGCCUUGCCUCUAUUCUGGAAUUUGGAAUGUGUGAUUGUAGCUUAAUGUACUUUUUAAUCUGAUUUCAAUUAUAACCAAAUAGUGGCAUUUCCUGUGUAGGCUAAGCCUUGGAAUUCUCAAGUCUACCCCCUGCCCCAUUGGAUAUUUUCAUUUCUAUAUCUUUUAUGGUUUACUAUGAAAAGAAACCAUUUUUGUAGUAUGUGUA